AUGAGCGGCGCGCCGCAGCAUGUGGCCGAGGAGACGCAUCGCCUGCUGCACCAGCUACCAGCCGCCGUCGCCGCCCUCGAUCGAGACACGACGAUGUGGGACAAGUCGACAGUCCACGCUGGGGCCACUAUCGACGUCUCGUUGCACCUGCCACCACACAAAUCAGUGGCGGCGCGGAUUCAAAUGGACAUUGCUCUAUCGCCCGAUGCAGCCUACGCAGCCCUUGGCAACGCGCUGGACCUCUACGGGCCCUUGGGCUACGUCUUUGGUCAUUCCGCCUGCACCUUGCAUCAGAGCGGUCGCGCCAGUAUUGUCCAAGCCACGUACCGUAUUCGAGGUGCGAAGCCCCGGCGUGCGAUGCUACUGCAGGCAACGUCUGCGUACACCAUGGCCGUCGCGUCGCUCCACUGGGAGGAAGCUCUCUUGUGGUCGCGCGAGGCGACUGCUACGCUCGAUACAUCGUACACACCACUCGUUGUGUACCCCUCUGGGUGGGUGGUGCGGCCGGGGGCCACCCCCGCAUCGGCCACGGUCACACUACUCGUUCACGUCGACGUCGGUGGUCUGGCGCAGACUUUGCUCCGCACUCUGGCGCCAUCCACCAUGCUGUGUUUGCUCGUCGACGACCUCCGCGCGGUGCUGCGUGCUUGAAAGUUGCUGACGGAAAGCACACAAUCGUCAUCGAGGCUCACACGUCGCAUGCCGUCGGUAGGACAAGAGAAUAAUGUCAUCGUAUCAGAGGAAGAGAAUAA